AUGGAAAGUGAAUAAAUGAAUAAUUCCAAUUGCCAUUUAAAGUAAUUUCUUUCAAAGAAAAGCAUUAUAUUAAAGGUUGAGAAGGGCUAGAAUCAAACAGCUUUUAGAGCAUUUUUUGUAGUAUACUAUUUUCCAUUUACAGCAAACAUUUUAUUUAAAUUAUAAAGUGGUUUCAGAUACUAAACGUUUGUUGUAUUUAUGCUUCUAUAAUGUUCUUUUCAAAAUCAAUAACUUGGUUUUUAUUUGGAAAUUCUCAGAAAUUCAUGCACUUCACCGUUAACAUAUAGAAUGUUUUUCUUAAACAUAAGAAUAGAACUUAAUAAUAUCAAGACUUAAUUUAAUAAAGUAGAAUCCUAAUAUAAAUUAUUAAUCUUAUCUUCUGACUCAAAAUUGAUAAAUAUGUCGAUUUAAAUUUACUUUAAAGUGAGAUGUCAAACACAAUUUAAACAAUAAGUAUAUAUUGUUGGUGAUUAAUAAUCUAUGGGAAAAUGGAAUCCAUAAGAAGGAAUUAAACUUGAUACUAAUGGGGAUAUUUAUCCACUUUGGAUAGGCACUUUAAUAGCAGAUUUCGAACCAAGUAAAUAUCAACAAUAUCAAAGACUAACUCAUUAAAUUUAAGGCAGCUAUUUUAGAAUCUGAAAAUAUAAUAUGGGAAUCAACUGAAAAUAGAGUAGUGUAAGUGUGGUACUAAUCCUAAACUGUGCUAUUUACAUUCGACUCAAGUCCUUUAAAAAUGAUCAAGAUUAAAUCCUUUUUUGACUAUGAUUAAGAUUCUGAAGUAGAAACUGCCUAUUUUAGUAUUUAUUUUUCUCUAUAAUAUCAGUUGGGGCUAGAAGAAGAUAAUUAAAGACUGUUGUUAGUCCUUUGGAAUGUGACUAUAUGAGCUCAGUAUUUAUUAAGAAAUAAUUUAGGAUUCAGAAUCUGACAACAGCAAUAUUUCAUCCAUAUUUAUUGAUAAUAUCGAAGCAUAGAAUAAUCUCAACAAUUUUGAAUGCCUUACUUCUUCAAACUUUGAAAGCCUUUUAAGUAAUUUAAAAGAAUGA